AUGUCUAAACGCUCGAUAUUUCCUUGUUUCCUUCCUGAGCAUGUCUGGGUGAACAUGUCUCGCAGAGAGUCCCUGGAGGAACAGCUCAAAUGCCCGGUGUGUCUGGAGGUGUUCGCAGAGCCCCUGAUGCUGCAGUGCGGCCACUCCUACUGCCGGGUCUGUGUGCGCUCCAUGACCAUGGACCCCCGAGGACAGCUGCAGUGCCCAGUGUGCCGCUGUGCCGUGGACGGGGACAACCCCCCGCCCAACGUCAGCCUGGCCAGGAUCGUGGACUCCCUGAGGGAGAUGAGCGGGGCAGGGCCUUCCCAGUCGGAGAGCUGCCCUGAGCACCACAACCCCCUGAGUCUGUAUUGUGAGGAGGACCAGACCGUUAUCUGUGGGCUGUGUGGAAGCAUAGGGGCACACCGCUGCCACAAGAUCACCCCUGUCCACAGCGUGUACAGUCGCAUGAAGGAGGACAUAUCCUGUUUGAUGACAGAGUUCCAGACACAGAAGAGGAAACUGGAGGAGCAGAUUUGUAAAAUGGCCUACAAUAAAUCUCGCAUUACCAAUGAGUCGGACGUGCUGAAGUGGGUGAUCCGCAAGGAGUUUGGGGAGCUGCGGCGCUGCCUGGAGCUGGAGGAGGCUGGGUUCAUGCGCAGGGUGGAGAGCACAGCCGCGGGCCUCAUCUCCUCCAUCCAGAGCCAGGCGGACGACCUCACACACACCCAUGCUAAGUUCCAGGAGGCCGAGGGCACUCUGGAGGCCCUGAGCAAUGAGAGUCACCUGGACUUCAUCGUGAAAUACGGCUCGAUUGCUCCAAGAUUCAAAGAAUGUCAACAAAAACAACAGAGAGAAGAGAAGAUCUACAGUUCCAUCAACUUCAAACCAGGGUUCAAUCACAGCGAUAUCAAGAUGUCAGUGUGGAAGAGAUUACACCGGAGGGUUCUGCCUGCCCCCGUGUGUCUCAAGCUGGACCCCCUAACAGCUCACCCCAUGCUGGAGCUCAGCCAGGCAGACACCGUGGUGGAGUGUGGAGCCUUUCUGAAGAGGCUGGCCAACAACCCUGAGCGCUUUAGCUACAGCUACUGUGUCCUGGCCAACAGAGGCUUCUCCUCAGGGAAGCACUACUGGGAGGUCGUUGUCGGGGAGAAGCCAAAGUGGCGGCUGGGCCUGAUCAAAGGUACCACCAACAGGAAGGGGAAGCUGCCUAAGAGCCCUGAAAGUGGGGUGUGGCUGAUAGGUCUGAAGGAAGGGCGCGUGUACGAGGCUUUCGGCACCCCCCGCGUCACCUUACCUCUCUCCACCCAGCCCGCCAGGAUCGGGAUGUUCCUGGAUUACGAGGGCGGAUCGCUAACGUUCUACAAUGCUGACAGUCCUGACGAGCUCGGGGUGAUCUACACUUACCGCAGUGAGCUGCAGGGGAAGGUUUACCCGCUGUUUGAUGUUUGCUGGCACGAGAGAGGAGCCAACAAACAGCCUGUCUCUCUGCCUCAGACCGCCAGUGACAGAUGAAGGGGUCAAGUGUCUGUUGGGUUACAAGAUAGAGCACAGCACCUGAAUGUUAAUGAUAAUGUAUUACGUACCUUUCUGUAAUCAUUGUUAUGACCAAAGGGUGGCGCUCAUUCUCUGUGUCAUGCAAACCAACCCUGGUGUUUGUCUAAGGAAUGGGUUUCUGUGACAAACAAACCAGGCAGUCUUCGGGAAAGUGUGGUUUCUGCUGCCUGUCAAUCCAAGUUGAUUUCCUUUUUGGUUUAUAUCAAAUGGAACCAUUAGUAGCCUAUGUAUAUUUUGUUAAAUUGACAAAAAUAAAUAUUACUGUUUUGUUUGCCAAAUAAAAAUAAAUACGGUGACUGACCUGGAAGUUUACGGUGAAACUGCAGAGGGCAGAAGUUGUGUAUUUUAUGUCAGUCAUAUGAUCCAGUCAGUAUUUUAUCUUCUAAAGUGGUAGGUACUUUCCAAAAAAAAGGCUUCCAGUCUUUUAAAGUGCAGUGAACUAAAGUCAGGGUCUUUGUUAGGGUGAAGUCAAACAAAUAGAAAUUCAUAGGAUUUCUACUUCCUGCACAUGCACAAACAAAUGCUAUUCUGAGCUUCAAUACUGGAGAAACCAGUUAUCCUGAAUUGAAUACACAAUGACAUUCAAGAACAAUGAGUAUCAAAAGGGAAAUAAAAAGGAGGCAUUGUUCAAAAACCUGUUUAGAAAUAAAUUUAACAUAAAAGUCAGUAGAAUGCACAAUGUAGUUUUUCUUUUUAUUCAUUUGAAACAAUCUUUUAGAAAAAUCUUCGACAGAUUUGGCUCAAUAUUCUGUUUAUAUCAGAUGAUAUAAAAAUAGAGAGAACAGUAUCAUAUAUAAAUUCUGGGUCCAUAAGUGUAAUUAUAUUUAGUAACUAGUUACAAAACUUCACAGUCAUUAAAAAUAUAUUGAGGGAAAACAGGAACAAAUUGCAAUCUAGAACUCAAAUAAUCCACAGUCCGUAUUAAUUAAACAUAAGAAGUCCUCUCCUUUAAUAAAAAAAAAAAGAUGAAAUGGUCUGCUUCUUUGUACUGUGCAGAACA